AUGUACAACUUCGUUGUGCGUUGCCAUGUGCCAGGACCAUACCUCCCACAGCGCUCACUCCAAUCUCGGCGAAUUGACGCCUUGACCAUGCUCUACCAAUCGCUCAAAAUCGGGUGGAUAAUCGGCUGGACCUAUCUCUUCCUUUUUUGUUAGUUCAUCAAAAUUCUCACUUUAAGACUGAAUCAGCGUUUCAGUCUUCGGACUCAUGCAAGAAGCAACGGAAAACUGCGGAUUGGAGUGCGGACAGUGCGCCAUCAACGUGACACAGAUUCGUGAGAACAUGAACAAGACCUAUUACGGCUACUACUGGAUUCACUGUCUGGACCUUUUCACCUGGGUCUAUAUAGACUGGGCUUUCAAAUCUUUGUUGUAUGUUUAGAGAAGUUUUGAAGUACUCUAUUGAGCUCAAUAUAUAUUUAUAGUGAGAACAAAGACGCGUCGGUUUUCGUAAAGAGGCUCAAUCGACUCUUCGUCAUCAAAGGCAUCCUGCUGUUGAUUCAAAUGGUUGAAUUUUUCCAUCUUAACGGAUGUAAAAUUGUCUCAUUUUGCAUGUGAGCCUACAAAUAAAAGUUUUCAGGUGCAGACAUCACCUUCCUGCACAUGUUCUUCUCGAAGAAAUGCGUCAUCCCCUUGGAGUUCACUUUUGCCGCUCUCUUCGUUUUCCUCCGUAUCUGCUUCUUCUUUGCCUACUUCAUCGUCUCAAUUGUCAUCAUCAAAUUCUUCGUGAAAUACAGGCGUUUGACAAAGACCGGAGCGGUCGGUGAAACCCCGAACAACGCUGUUCUGCUGGAAGUUGCGAAGACGGAGAAGAACACGGAUUCCGAGAUGGGAAAGGGAACACCGAUCGAGCCGGAGGUCAUGGACAAUGCGAACCCAGCGGGAAAGGAGGAGAACAAGGGCAACAAAAUGGAUUGCUAA